CCCGCGCAUGCCCCUUCCAUUGCUACAACACCGCACUACAUUUUUUCAGCAUGGACGUUGAAAUGGGAGAUGUUGGCUACGACAUCGACAUUGAUGUCGGUGCGGGCGCUCAGACUUCAAGCGCGCAGCCCCGGCAAGCAGAGGCACAGCCAGAACAGCCCACGCAAGGUGACUCGGUACCGGCGGCAUACUUCGAAGACCUCCAGCCGCAGAAGCCAUGGCCCGAGUACCUGAAUCUGCAAGGCGUCGGCGACUUCGACCCCAACGAUCCGCUCUACUACGCCAUGGAGAUACUCGGCACGGAGCCGCGCGUCAAGCAGCUGCGAUGGGUCAACGACCACUCGGUCAACCUCGAGUUCUACAGCGCCGACGAUGCCGCCCUCGCGCUGACGGCCUUUACACACCCCGACACAAACGCCAACUCAAUUGCGGCGCAGACAUCGCGGCCGGCAAAGCCCUACUCCAAGAAGCCAGACAGCGCCCUGAUAGUGCGAGAGGCCAACGUCAGCGACCAGAAACCCAAGGGCGCAGCCAAUCGCAGCAACUACUACCAACGCAACCCGGAUGUCAGAGACAACAAGCAGCGGGAGCCACGGCGCCGGCAGCCACCGAAGCGGGAUCUGCUCGACUACGGUGAUGACGACCAGGGCUCGAGGAGCCGGAGGAGAAGAAGCCGCAGCGGAGACGUGUCCAUGGACGAAGAUUCGGGUGUAGAGAGGCGGAGGAACAACCACCCACGCAACGAACGAAACGGCCGCGACCGCCGCGACGGGCGAGACCGGCAAUCAAGAGACGCGGGCAGGCUCAAUGCCGACGUCGACUCGUACAGGCCGGGAGACGAUGCCGAAUCGCGGCAUGGCCGUCUGCGAGGUCGCAGUGCCUCCCCUGUCUCAGGCGACGAGGGCGACGGUCGAUUCGGCUUCGCAGAGGAUAGCACCAACAUACGCACCCGUUACCGCAGCCGGAGCCGCAGUCGCAACGCCCGCCGCCGCCGCGACCCAAGCGCCGAACGCUGGACCCACGACCGCUCCAACUACGGGGAGAAAGGUGGCAAGUCUGACGGGCGAUGGCAGAAAGACAUGUUCCAUGUCGACGCAUCGCCCAUGGGCAACCACCGCCGCUCAGACGCUGGGUCCGGCGGCUCUCUGCUCUCGCGCAUGACCAAGGACGGCAGGCCUGUCAACUCACUGGCUAGCAGGAUCACGCGCGACGACGACGACGAGCCGAGACCGCGAUCACUAGCAAGCCGCAUUACGCGCAACGGCGACAACGAGGGGUACGGGCGCUUGAAGGGCGACGACAGCGCACCGCGAGACUACGAAUUCGACGAGCCCAAGCCCCAGCGCGGACUAGCCGACCGCAUAUCGCGCGAGGCCGAGGGCAUCAACAUCCGCGGGCAGGGCUCGAACGGCGGGAGUGGUAUCAACAUUCGUGGUGCCGCCUCCUAGGGUGAGGCGUUGGAGCCGGAGUCUGGCGUCGGAAUGUUGGCAGAUACGAUCAUGUACGAUUGUGCGACCGAGGAUGAGUUGCACAAAAUUGUGUGGGCGAGGUUGUACCACCACUGAGGGCUGCGAGACGUGUAGAGAUUUGGAAAACGGGCGAUAUCACUCUACUAGCACCUGCGCGAGCAAGACGAGAGCAAAUGCACACCCAUGCACAGACCAUCAUAUGACCUGUCCAUGUUGCCCAACGCGUGCACCUGCACGCAUCGAGUUUGCCGCGCCGUCACGCACGGCACACCCAUCUUGCAGCCAAG